CUUGAACUACAACAACUGUGUACACAUUUAUCUAAAUUUAUGCUAAUUGUGAUUAUAUGGGGAUUUGAUGAUUUUGUUUUUGGGAAAGGAAUGGUUUUGUGAGUUGUUGAAGGUUAAAGAUUCAUUUACUUUUGUGUUUUGUUCUUUUUUAAUUUUCUUUUCAGUGGUUAGGGUUUUGGUAUUUUGUUUUCCGCUUUCUGUAUUUUGGACGUCUGAUUAAAUCAUGUAGAUUUUGAUUCUCUGAUCAACCUGUGUUUAGGUGUUAGGCAUUCGUUCCCUUUUGUUUUGUUUUGUUUUUUUUUUUUUUAUAAUUUGGUUUUAGGGGGGGUUCAUUCUGAUUAGUUUUGGCUUUUUGGGGUCAUUCUGAUUAGUUUGGGUUUUUGAAGAAAUAGUAGAGGAGCUUGUUGAUUGGUCGGUGAAGACAUUCACUUAUGAGUCUCUGCAUAAUAUUGUAAGGCUGAUCAAUGGAGUAUCCGCACUUCUGUUGACUGCUUUGCCAGGGAAGGGUAAUAUUCUUGAAGGCCUUAAUGGCUGGGAGCUUAGGCCAACAUUCCGUGGACCUCGAUUACCCCGCUGGAUGGAGCAAUUCUGAUGGCUCAAAUGCUGAUUAUUCAUCAGCAGAAGAAGAUGGUGAUGCAUUAUGUCCUGGAUCACCAUCAUCUCAAAGUUCACGAGUCUCUCAUACGAGUACUUUCACAAAAAAUGAUGGGCAUCGGACAGGAUGGACUAUAUUUUUCUUGUCAUGGAUUCUGUUUCCUUUGUGGUUUCUCCUGCGGUUACCUUUACGCCUUUGUCUUUUAGUUUGCAAGAGGAGGUCAACUGCCCCAUCUGUGAGGGGAAACCAUAAGCCUUCACGAUUACAUUCUAUUAAAAGAAUUCCUAAUCUGAAGGAUCAUGUCAUUCAUCGCACAACUGACAGGAGACGUGGAGUCAUUGAGGAUCUUCAUCUUGGAAUUGAGAUAGUCAUAGAAGCUGUAUUUGAUUUUUUCCACAAAGCUGCACAUAUUUUUCUAUCUCCAUCAGAAGCUUUGAAAGUUGUAUAUAAAUGGUGUUCAUCUCAAAGCAGUAACAAUGACGAACUUCAAAAUGGCAUUUCAGAUUCUGUCCUUACUGCUACACUUGGAGAGACUGAUCCAACUCUUAGAGAAAGGAAAACUACUUUUAAUCAGUCUUUGAAUACAGAUGCAAGGACAUGUCAGGAUGUCAUAACAGAGCUUGGGUACCCAUAUGAAGCUAUUCGGGUGAUCACUUCUGAUGGAUAUGUUCUUCUUCUGGAAAGAAUUCCAAGAAGGGAUUCACGAAAAGCUGUUUACCUUCAGCAUGGGAUCUUGGAUUCGUCUAUGGGUUGGGUGUCUAAUGGGGUUGUUGGCUCUCCAGCAUUUGCAGCAUAUGAUCAGGGGUUUGAUGUUUUCCUUGGGAAUUUCCGUGGUUUGGUUUCUAGGGAGCAUGUUGACAAGAGCAUUUCCUCACGAAUGUAUUGGCGGUAUUCUAUUAAUGAGCAUGGCACUGAGGAUAUUCCUGCAAUGAUAGAGAAGAUUCACCAAGUUAAAACUGCUGAACUGAAAAUUAGCCAGCCUGAUCUUGAGGAAGAAAUUCCCAAUGAUCAACCUUACAAACUCUGUGCAAUCUCCCAUAGUUUGGGAGGAGCUGCCAUGCUGAUAUAUGUUGUAACACGCCGUAUUGAAGAAAAGCCGCACAGACUUUCCAGAUUGAUCUUAUUGUCACCUGCUGGUUUCCAUGAGGAUUCCUCCCUGGUGUUUACAGUUGCAGAGUAUAUUCUUUGUCCAUUGGCCUCUAUUCUGGCACCUAUUGUGCCUGGCUUGUAUAUACCUACUAGAUUCUGCCGAAUGUUGCUAAAUAAGUUGGCACGGGACUUUCAUAACUAUCCUGCUGUUGGAGGACUGGUUCAAACCUUAAUGGGUAAAAUUUUAGGUGGAGAUAGCUCAAAUUGGGUAGGAGUAUUAGGAUUGCCGCAUUACAAUAUGAAUGACAUGCCGGGAGUCUCAUUAUACGUGGCUCAUCACCUUGCACAAAUGAAACGUGCAAAAAAAUUUAUAAUGUAUGAUUAUGGAAGUGCAUCCGCAAACAUAGAGGUGUAUGGAUCUCCAGAGCCUUUGGACUUGGGUGAGUACUAUGGGUUCAUCGAUAUUCCUGUUGAUGUGGUUGCUGGACGAAGGGACAAUGUUAUUCGGCCUUCAAUGGUAAGACAGCAUUAUAAGGUAAUGAAGGAUGCUGGCGUUGAUGCCUCGUAUAACGAGUUUGAGUAUGCUCACUUGGACUUCACAUUCUCUCACCAUGAAGAACUGCUAGCCUUUGUGAUGUCACGCCUGCUGCUCGUGGAGCCGACACAGAAGCAACCAUCAAAUCAAUCAGCCUUAAGGUUGAAGAGGAAAGCACAAGUAAACUGUUAGAAUACUAAAAUUGGGAAAAUGCUUCCUGGUUCUCAGAUUCAGGAUUGGCAUGCGUGUUGUUGUAUUAUAAUUUUUAGAACCAUGCUGCUGUACAUGAUUUGAGUUAGGUAUAGUAGAACCAUACAUCCGUGACUGCAGUGUAAUUAGUGAUAGAGCAGCAUAAGGGAAGGUAGGUUUAUGUCUCAAAUUGAAGGUUGGCAAUCAAAAGUUGUAUACUUAUCUUGAUCUAGAAGAAUUGCCUUGUUGUGGUUGACAAUACUUAUCUAAUGCAGAGAAUCGACUGUUCAAAGGUCUAUUUUCCC